AACCCAACGUUCAUGUUCACGUUCAGCCAUCGAUUUUGAAGUUUGGUCGUUGAGUAUCGUCGACCAGAAAUAAUUAGUUUGUCACCGUUUACUUUUCUGGUUGCACUCGCGGUUGGCAGUCAUGGCCAAGCAUCAUCCCGAUCUGAUCUUUUGCAGAAAGCAGCCCGGUGUUGCUAUUGGUCGCCUGUGUGAGAAAUGCGACGGCAAGUGUGUGAUCUGUGACAGCUACGUAAGGCCGUGCACUCUGGUGCGCAUCUGCGACGAAUGCAACUAUGGCUCGUACCAAGGCCGCUGUACGAUAUGCGGAGGUCCGGGCGUGUCCGAUGCGUACUAUUGCAAAGAGUGCACCAUCCUAGAGAAAGACAGAGACGGCUGUCCAAAGAUUGUCAACUUGGGUAGCGCAAAGACGGACUUGUUCUACGAGAGGAAGAAAUACGGAUUCAAGAAAAGAUAGCGCUGUGUUCCUCUGUCACAAACCCCUCAAACACAAAAAUACUUCAAACUACUGUUUUCCCAUGAAACCAAAAUGUCCCAGACAUACAUACUUCUUACUGACUGCAGUGCUUUUCAGGCUUUUUUUCUUUUUUUGAUCAUUUAUUCUUUUUGAGUUGAGCAUAGUGUGCGGUGUUCCGUGCUGUGUUACCUGCGUGUGUGUGUAGGUGUUUGCUGUGUAUUGGCGUAACUUAUGAUCUUAGGUCUCGACUCCUUCCAACAUUCUGCUGACAGUGCUGUGCGCCCAGUUCUGUUAUAACCACUCACCUGCCGACCCAGUGCAAUCACUGCUGCCUUGCUGAGUUGCCACGCGUUGCAGCCUUGAUGUGCUUUGCUGCCGUCUCUUGUGCUAAGCUCUGCCUGGCUGUGUUUUGACAAUCGAGCAAUACAUGCAACAA